AUGGACGUGAAGACAAAGCGAGAUGUACAAGGUUACAUUGUCGGACAGUACAAGGCCAUUAAGCAAAUGGGCCACGAGCACAUCACCGCGACUGGCACCAAAACAGUCUUCUUCCUUGGUCAAGCACAACAAGAGGAAGAGUUCGACAUAUUAGACGAGGAUAUGAAGACCGACCUGGGCGAGUACAUCAACGAGGAUGAGGAUGCGGAUCGCUCAUGGCGUGGGGUUUGCGACUUCAUGCAGAAAAUUCCGACCUCCAAGGCUGUGGCGCCGACAGAGUUCAAGGAUAAGAACAUUUUGGACACUGAGACACCUCAUCAAGCCCGCUUGAUGCGUGCCCAGAGUGCGCCCUCUCUGGCUCGAUGUAUCGCGAAUGCUAGCUUUGACAGCGCCGGAUCAGAGACAGACUCUGACUCAGAAGACGACGACAUCGAUCUUGAACUGAAAAUCGAGAACGCACUCUCGUCCUUUGCUAAAAAGGUCGAGGAAUUAGAGGAUGUAGCAGGAGCGCUGUCAAUCACGCCACCCGGCCGCACAUAUUCUGAAGCUCACCCAUUUACACCAUCGCCUCCCAAGGACAUCGAUAUACCAUACCCCUGUGGCACUGUGCGGGGUGGGAAGGUUGCACUCGAUCCACCUAUCACCACUACCAAAGAAUGGUCUAGUGGGCUGCAGACGUGGGAGGGUGAAAGCUGGCCCAACGCACCCGAGCGCAUUGGAAACGACUUUGAAGACGCCCAGAACUCUAUCACGAGGAAUGAAUCCGAGGACUGCGACGUAGAAGAGCUCUCACAGCUACGUGCGUCGCUGACGGAAACUACGGACAAUGACGAACCCAUGUGGCCUGAAGUCAUCGCCAACCGCCCGUAUACGGCUCCGCUUAUGUACGAGGAAGCCGCCGAUUUUAUUGAACAUGUCGCCACUAAUCCGGAUGUUGAUUCCGAAUGUUGGUCAGAACCCUUGGAUGGUUGCGCGAAACCGCGUCGCAAGUGGACUAGCAAGAUGAAGCAUUGUCUCAAGAAAAUACCCCAAAACACAAAGCAGGCUACCCACGACUAUGUCAAAGCGACGAAACGAUUCUCACGGACUGCUUGGCGCGUGUUGCCAGCUGCGCUGUCGAGCCGACAUCCGUUCCAGAAGAUCGACAGCAUCCUCUAG